GGUCCGACUAUAAAAGCCGGGUUAGCACCCGCAAACUGGGCAGAAUAUCGUCAGCUCGAACAACGAACCGUCAGUAACUACUACCUAUUCAAAUCGACAACCCUUGCUCCCACUGCACCACCAAGAAAUACAUCAUGUCCGACGCUACCGCCCCGCAGCGGAUCGCCUUGAUCGGGUUAGGGACCAUCGGGAUGUCCUUCGCCGGACUCCAUCUCGCCCGCGACAACACAACGGUAGACGUCUACGAUACGAGACCCGAUUUCGAGCAAUACCUCAAGGACACGCUCCCGCACUUCCUAGUUCAGCCGGGGCAAUCAGGAGAGUCGACCGCAGAAGAUGUCAGUACCCGCCAGGGGGCAGUCCGGUCGCUAAUCGACGCCGGCCGUCUGCACAUCCACACCACCCUGGAGACCGCCUGCGCCUCGGCAACCAUCAUCCAAGAGCAAGGACCCGAGAGUCUCCCAUUCAAGCAGUCCCUCUGGGCACAAGUAGAGGCGAUCGCGCCCGCCACCGCACACUUUUGGACCAGCACGUCGGGGAUCCCAGCAUCGACGCAGCAGGCCCAGCUGCAGGACAAGACGCGACUCCUCGUCGUGCACCCGUUCAACCCGCCGCACAUCAUGCCGCUGCUAGAGAUUGUGCCGUCGCCCGAGACCGCGACGGACCGGGUGGACUUUGUGCACGGCUACUUCUCCGUCCCGGGGUCGAAGCACCGACCCGUAGUGAUCCGCAAGGAGAUUCCCGGAUUCGUGGGGAACCGCCUGGCGUUCGCGCUGCUGCGGGAGGCAUGCUAUCUUGUCAAGGAGGAUGUAGUGUCUGUGAAGGACCUCGACACUAUCCUCAUGGCGAGCCUGGGACCCCGCUGGGCGGGCAAUGGCGUGUUUGAGAGCUAUCAGCAGGGUGGUGGCCCCGGGGGUAUUGGGGGAUUAUUGGAAAAGUUGAGUGGGACGGUGCAGCAUGUUUGGGAUGGGUUAGGUCAGGUGAACUUGCUGGAUGAGGAGGGGGCGGAGUGGAAGGAGAAGGUGGUCAAGCAGACUGAUGAGGCUUAUGGGACUCUCACUGCCCCACAGCUUCGGGAGAAGGAGGAGAGGUUGAAGGAUAUUGUGAAGACACAAAGUAAGACGUAUGGAUAUGAUAAGACUGACGCAUAG